AUAUCAUUUCUCACAUCUGUGUUUGGGCGCCAAGAAAACGUAGGGAAAAUAGUAAUAUUUCUCACAAAAUAAACAACCUGCCUUCGAUUAUGCUCUCGAAACAUUCUAUCCAAUCCAACUGAAUCAGAAAAACUUCCUGAUUCAGAAAAUGGAACAGAAGAUCUCGUCCCCGUUAACGAGCGCGAAGACCACGCAAGAGCUGGCAAUUGAAGGCCAGAAGCAUCUAGAAAAAACGAUAGAGUCAGCCUUCCAGAUCCUUUCCUCCAUGAACGACGAGCUCUGUAACCCCGCCUUGUGGUCCACCACUACUUCUACUUCUUUACCAUCUGCGACUGCCAUCACUACUAAUACGACCCCAAUUGCCAAUGGCCCUUCUUCUCUAUCCUCGAACGGUGUUGCCAAUGGCGACGCCGCCGCUUCCGACACGCAUCCCGCUGAGAGUGUUGGUGGUACUGGAGGAGCGCUCGAGGAAGCUCGGUUUCGGUAUAAGAACUCUGUGAACUCACUUCGUGCAGUUAUCGCCGCAAUCCCUAGCUCUCAGAAGGCAAAGUCAUUUGAAAUGGGUUCAACUCCAAGUGGCCUGGAAUCCCUAGAAGAUCAGACUGAAAUUCAGAAGUUAGAAGAGCGAGCCUCUAGUCUAAGAAAGGAACUUGCAAACAAGAACAUGUAUCUCAAGCUUCUCAUAGAUCAGCUACGAGAUCUUAUUACUGACAUUUCUACAUGGCAAAGUCCUUGUUCUGUAUGAAGCUCUGGAUAUAUAUGGUCCUCUUGAGUAACCAUGGCUGAGAAUAGAGACUCUGGCCCAUAUUUUUGCAUGAGGUGAUGAUACUUCUGUCCCGACUUUCUUCGUUGUUCUGUUAAACUUCACCAUAUAUUCAUUUUAGAAGACUAGUAGUUAAGAGGAGAGUGAUCAGGACAUGGAGGGGUAAAAAUUAUUUUACAAAUUUUGGAUGAAAAAUAGAGUAGUGUAGUCCCGAAGGAACAUGUUUUAUAUCCUGAUACAUUUAACAUUAUGGAUAAAGUGUUUGUUGAAAAGGAUUUUUGGUAUGACUAACCUAGUUUGCUCAUGUUAGUCAUUCC